AGGCAGCGCCAGCUUCCCCUAGUUCUUCCGCUCCUGUGAGGUGGCUGCUGUUUUAAUUUUCUCUCACCCUGCGUUGCUGGUGUGCAAGCCUCGCCGGGGUCCUGCGGAUAAUCCGCAGGGUGCAGGGGCCGUCGGGGCUUUGUGCAGCAUUCCCGCGCGCGAGAGGGGCAGGACGGCGCGGUGCCCAAGGGGCUCGCGCACGACCUCCCGAGGCCCCGGGGCCCGCGGCCGCCCGCCGGGACGGCCUGCCGGUGCCUGGCACUUCUGCCGCCUUCUUCCCGACAGGCGCGGACGGGAUGACUCAUUUUAAAGAUCCAGAUCCGCGCGUCUGGCACCGGCACCGCGUGCCCUGCCCGGCGGGGAUUUCGAGUUUGACAGCUCCUCGGGCCCCGGCGCAGAGAGGGUGUGUCUGCAAAUCCCAGGGCUGGAAGGCAGGCGAGGAGCGUUUUCCUCUCGGUCCCCGGCAUGCCUCCUCCCCUUCGUUUAGCACCCGAAGAGUUUUCGUCUAAGAUCCAGUUGUAUCAAGUGUAAAAAAUGUUUAUUUCUUUGUGGGAGUUCUUCUAUGGGCACUUUUUCCGAUUUUGGAUGAAAUGGGUCUUACGACAGAUGACUGGAAAAUGUGAAUUGCAGCGAAUUUUCGACACCUAUGGAGGCGCACAGAGGACAUACAGGAUAGAAAAUUCCUUGACAUAUUCCAAGAGUAAGGCCAGAGCCCUACUUGGAGGGACAGCCCUGUGUCCUGACUGCUCCCAUUCUUUCUGUAAGAAGCCGUGUACUCUACAUGGACCAAUGGAUGGGGAGCAAGUGGUGUUUCCUUGUGCCGUCCUCCAGAAUGCAACACGAGUUGCUGAGAGUGAACUGGACAGAUGUGUAGCAGACAUAAUGAAGGAAAAGAACAUCUGCCCCGAGAAAGAUACCAGUUUUCAAAUCUGCAUGAGGACAUGCUUACUGCAGAUAACUGGCUAUAAGCAGCUCUACCAGGAUGUAGAAAAUGUGAGGAAAAAACCCUAUGAUUCUGGCAAUGCACAGCAUGAGAAGCUGCUCCUUAAGCUCUGGAAUCUUCUGAUGCCUACGGAAAAGUUGAAGGCCCGAAUUUCCAAGCAGUGGGCGGACAUUGGUUUCCAAGGUGAUGAUCCCAAAACAGACUUCAGAGGCAUGGGCAUACUCGGCCUAAUCAAUCUUGUGUAUUUCAGUGAAAAGUACACCAGUGAGGCCCACCAGAUUCUUUCCCGUUCUAAUCAUCCCAAAUUAGGGUACUCUUAUGCAAUAGUUGGGAUCAACCUCACAGAGAUGGCUUAUAGCUUACUCAAGAGCGAAGCCUUGAAGCUUCAUCUCUACAACUUCGUUCCUGGGAUACCAACAAUGGAGCACUUCCACCAGUUUUACUGUUACCUUGUCUGUGAAUUUGACAAGUUUUGGCUUGAAGAAGAACCAGAAAGCAUUAUGUACUUCAACUUGUACAGAGAGAAGUUUCAUGAGAAGAUUAAAGGACUCUUAAUGGAUUACAAUGCUGUACUCACUUUGAAAACAUGAAACAUCAUAGUGUCUUCUCUUUCUACCAUGUUUUGCACAUACAGCAGAAUUUAUAUGUUAUAGAAAUUAUCUAAUCAACUACACUCUUAUAUAUAAUUUCCUACAAAAUACUUGAGAACUCUAUUUAAGAAAGCUAGUGGACAAUCAGUGUAUGUUUACAGUUGUUUAUACACUGUUCUCCACAGGUUCUGCACCCUUCCAAAGAGCCCUUCUGGAGUCACAUAAACUACAGUUUGGAACUUGGGACUUAACCUGUUAGUUUAAAAGUGUAAAUCAGGUAUAUUUAUAUUUAGCCAGUUGAUUAAAAUGUGCACGAACCUCAUUUUUAGGUGUUGUAGCUCUCAAGCUGAUAUCUCUCAAAAUUUCAGAACUCUCCAAGAUUAUUGUUCAGUCUGGAAAUGGGUUUUGAGUGUGCUCCUCUUUUUUAUUUCUAGACAGACAGGCACCAGGUGAGCCAUAAGGCUUUCUUUGAGUCUCAGCACUUGUCAGGAUGUCCUUUCCUUAGAGUGGGGGGAGCAUGGCUCUGUCAGAGGGUGAAGAAUCAUGGCUUCGGUCUUGAUUUCUCUGAUGACUGACCAUAACAGGAAAUGAGAGAAUGCAGUGUGGGAGACUAGCUUUUCAUUUAUGAAUGACACUCUUUAGAGGUCUUAUUUCAAGGUUUCUAAGCAUUUACUCUUGCUCAGUAUAGAGAACCUUCUUCACAGCUGUGAGGCCCUCUCUCUGUGUGUUAUUAAGGUGGUGCAUCUACUCAGAAAAUCCGGACUUUGGAAACAUGGUUUCUUUUAAGAUAAAACUGUCUUUGAAACUUACACAGGAAGAAAACUUAGAGCUUUCUCGAAAUGUCUGUUCUCCAUCAUUGGUGUGUUUGGCUUGCUGUUCACUUUUGCUUGUCCUUGCCUUGACUCUGGUGUUUCUGGGUAAUGUUCUAGGGACCUGGUUAACAGGCUGUGGGUGCCGUAGCCUGGACUAUGACUGUGCAUUUGUAUAGCUUUAUUCCCCCCAAUCUCAGGAGGGCAACAAGUACUGUUGAGGAUCAUACGUGAUGAGGUUUCCUCUUGGCAAGUUCUAGAGAUUUGUUCUCAGAGCAAAGUUAAAAGAGUCUAAAGUUAGGAAAGAUUAUUGGCUUGUGAGACAGUUUUAUGUCCUGUGGAAACCGGUUCACAAUAUAAUAAUUUAAUCUCAAACAUGGUGAUAUUUUGCACAUCUUUUAAUAUCAGGUAUCUAAAGACUAGCUCAUGUGAUAGAGGAAGAUUUGGUAUUUUCCAACAGUUUGUUCGUGUCUUUUGAUAAGUUCCUAUCUUCAUGCUGGUCGAAGAGAGAACGGUACAGAUGUCCCAUGGGAAAGCCACAGCUGUAGUGUUGUGUAGCACGUGCAUUACAAUACAUGUGUUAAAAUUGUUUUUCCUUAUGGAAGAUGAAACUUUUUCUAAAAGUAGGUUUGUUUUAUAAUACUAGAAAGGAUUUAGCUUUUCAGUAUUAUAGGAACUUAAUAAUUGAUUUCUUAUAGGGGACUUUCUCAACCCUGGUAAUAUAUUCAUUUCACUUUUGAAAAAUCUUUUGUUGUCCAGGUUUUAUGAUAUAUUGUAACAAAACCCUAACAAGGAGCAUAUGUUCACCAUUAUCGUUCAUUGUAUUGUAGUAUUAACUUUUCCAUGGAAAGCAGUUGUGUAAGUCUUUAACUUUUGCACUAAAAAUACUUACCAUUUAUUUUAAUUUUUCAGCAGCUUAGAUCUUGAACUGAUUGAACUCCUUAUCAGCCUACUUAAUAAAAAGAGUACUUGAAGUAUGAAGGAGGACAUUUUUAAGUAAUAAAGCAUUUCCCAGCAGAAAACCUCUGUGAUAUUAAGGACAUGCCGUAGUUCAGUUAAUGUCACAGUCUUAAUUCUCCUUUGUCUGUACGUUACAGAUAUUGUUUGUUUUUUACUGAAAUUAUUAUUAACCAUUUCAGAUAUUUACAUAGGGAACUGAUCUAUAAGCCAAUGACAGCUUCAGAGUUCUAGAAUUUGACUGUCACUGGGUGUACAUGAGACUGUGACACGAACCCUCUGGCUGACGGUUUAGGCAUAUGCAGGGAGGAAGACACAGUUUCAAAGGUGUCAGGAUUAUGUAGUUUGAAAACACAUGGGUAGAUCUUUAUGUGUCUAGAACUAGGAAAUGACAGUGCAGCAAUUGAUGGUCACAGCAUCAAAGUAGCAGGAAAGUUAUGUUAGUUUUAGUGAAACAAAUCAAUGUGGAAAUGAAUUUUCGUAUGUGCGAGGUUGAAGAGACUUUACCAGUGACAAGAGUAGCAUAAAAAUAUAACUGCAACAUUUCCAGUUCAAAUGCUUUCAAAGACAAUCUUUUUAAAAAUGGGAGACACCGGGUGUCACUGAAUCCAGACCAGCCUCUUUGUAAAUAAAUGUAACAGUACAACUAGGUAUAAAAAUGAAUUUCAACUGCACCAUUUACAGUUCAGAAAUCAGAAUCUUUCUUGAUAAUCCCUACGCUGUUUUUUUUUUCUUUCUAUUUUAGUGGCUACUUGGAUUUGUAUGUAUUUUUCUAUGAAAAUGUGUGCACUCAUGACUCUUCCUUCAGUGUUGGCCACCAUUCAUGCCGUUCUGUCCAUUGAGAAUAUUCAAUGAAAGGACUUUGAUUAAAAGCUUUGCUCAAAGGGAAAAACCACAUUACGUGAGUGUGAAAAGCACCUGCUCGUCUCUGUAGGGAGGGUGUCAUGGCACUGAAGAGAGAGGUGUGCCUGGAGGGUGAUAACCUUGAGUCUUGUGACCGUGACUGAGCACCAGCAGCUGGGUCCUCAGGACAGAUGCUCUAUUCUCAUCCAUGAAGAAUCCCGUGGCUGAUGAGGCUUUGUGUCACGUUCAUGUGUGGAGUCUCCACACAAGCAGCUUUUAAAUGGAGAUGAGUGGGCUUGUUCAUGUGUGAGAAAUAUCAUACCUUGUGGUUUUGGUGUUUUCUGCCUCCAGUUUUUGUUGAGAAAAAAAGUUUCAAAUGUAGUGUAGGGAGUACCCAACAACCACAUUAACUUUGGUAGGGUAGGUCUAUGUUUUUAUUAAAGUACUGACAAAUAUUUAAGCAGUAGUGUUCCCUGGAGGGAAAGUACUGGCUGGCAACUUAAAUUUUUGUCUAUUUUGCAUCAAGCAUUUGAGUUUCAAGUAAAAGCAAUAGUGUGAGAUGUAUUGUCCUUUUGUUUGUGAUGUUAAGUGAGAAAAUAAAAACAGCUGAAACUGU